AUGGCGGAGGUUCCACCGGAAAGGUUUCAUAUCCCCUCCAUCAAGCUCUAUGAUGGAAGCACAGAUCCCUAUGAUCACGUCGAGCUUUUCUCCUCUCACAUGCUGGUGCGAUCGGGGUUGGACGCGAUGUGGUACCUGGCAUUUUCAGCCACUUUGGGAGGACAUGCCCGGACCUGGUUCAACGAAGAGGCAUUAAGUAUCGAUGAGUUUGACCAGCGAAUCGCAAUGGUGGCUCUUCAGAAUGACUUGAGAGCUGAGCCAUUUGCUCAGUCCAUAGCCAAGACUCCACCUCGUACUUUCACAGAGGCCUCAGCCAGGGCUAAUAAGUACAUCAACGUCGAAGAGGUGAUGAAGGUGAAGCGGGCGGAACAACCUGACAGGAAAGAAAGAGAAAAGGAGAAGAAACAACCGGCCCCAGAGCAGAAGACGGACUAUCGCCCCUCCCGAGCUCCCGAUCGCUCGAGUUUUGGGGGUGUACGUGGAAGCCCGGUGAAUUACACUCCCCUCAAUACAAGUCGAGCAGAGAUUCUCCUGGCAUUGGAGGAUAAGAAUUAUUUACGGCGUCCUCCCCCGCUGAAAUCUCCACCCAACACUCGAAGCAAAAAGAAGUAUUGCCGUUUUCACCGCGACCACGGCCAUGAUACUAAGGAUUGCAUCCAACUGAAAGAAGAAAUACAAGAGCUUAUCAACCGAGGAUACCUUCGGGAUUUCGUGGGUCGAGGAGGUACGAGCUCGGGCAAGGUAGAAUCCAAGUCGGAGCAUCGAGGGAGGUCUCCUACUCGAGAUCGCUUUCGAGAGCGAAGCCGAACACCGCCCCGGAGAGAAGGAAAGCAGCCCGCCGAGGAGGGGGGACAGAAGUUUAUCUUGUACACGCUGGCGACAGGGACAGUUCCAGGGUCCCACUCAACUGCUCCCAAGAGCAUAGUAAAGGAAGGGGUGGUCAUUACUUUCUCUGAGGAGGAUCUUCCGAGUUAUCCCAGCUAUUCGGACCCUUUGGUGAUCACUGCUCAAGUGGGAGAGUGGGAGAUGAGGCGAAUCCUCGUGGAUCCAGGUAGCUCUUCAGAGAUUCUCUACAAGAGGGCAUUCCUAGGGAUGGGGUUCACGCUCGAUCAGCUGAGGCCAGUCCGUGUCCCAUUGGUGGGUUUUGAUGGAAUGGUGAUCCAUUCUGAAAGUUUGAUCCGGUUGCCCCUGACGGUCGGUAGUGGUCCUCAUAAAUCCCGAGUGACGUUGGAUUUUUUGGUGGCGGAUGUGCCCUCGGCGUACAAUAUGAUCCUUGGUAGGUCUGAGCUUAGUGCUCUGAGGGCAGUACCAAGUACGUAUCAUAUGGUGUUGAAAUUCCCUACUUCGGGAGGGAUUGGCAAGGUAAGAGGAGACCAGCGGCAGGCUAGGGAAUGCUACGUGGCCUCUUUGAGUGCCACUAUGGCCAAGGGGUCAGAGUUAGACUCAGGACCGAAUCAGGAGGCGGUCCCUCAAGCUGGUCAGGGCCAGAUGGAGACGGAACAGGUGAGAGACCCAAGUAUAGGAGCAGGUCAGAGGUCAGUAAGGGAGGAGGGACAGAAUUCCGCUGCCCCUCCCACUGUGGUUACUAGUUUCAUCUUGGAAGGUCCAGAAGAGCCUAAGACUUCAGAGCCGGUGGAUGAGCUCGAGGAAGUCCCACUGGGGGAAGAGCUCGAUCGGACAGUAUGA